CGCUGCCAUCUUGGUUCCGAACCGAACUCAUUUGGUCGCAGUCUCUUAUGUGUCAUAUCGGAACUGAAGCUCUGAGAUUACAAACACAGGAACAUUUAAACCGCGAGACAAGACACUUCCGACUCCUGUCAGUCUUCAGCCUAAAGAAACACACACCUUCAAAACACCUUGAACACGGCCUGAGCGAAUAACUGCACUAAAACACAAGGAGCCUGAAUGGAGGCCCACGGCUCUGCAAGACUGUCCAGGAAGAGGAAGAGAGAAGGUUCAAAUGGAGAGGCAGAGGAGGGCGAGAAACCGCUGAAGGUUAAGCGAUGCACAGUGGGUCUGAAAUACCCGGCUCCGUAUGCAGAUCAGCUGGAGUCGGUGGAAGAUAAGCCAUAUCAGCGCGUCACCAUGGAGGAAGCUCGCAGAGGCACUCCACCCGACAGGCCUGUGCGUGUGUACGCUGAUGGCAUCUUCGACAUGUUCCACUCAGGACAUGCCCGCGCUCUCAUGCAGGCUAAAUGCCUUUUCCCAAACACUCAUCUCAUUGUAGGCGUGUGCAGUGAUGACCUCACACACAAGUUAAAGGGCUUCACCGUCAUGAACGAGGAUGAACGCUAUGAUGCGGUCAGUCACUGUCGCUAUGUGGACGAGGUGGUCCGAAAUGCUCCGUGGACUCUCACGCCUGAGUUCCUCACCAAGCAUCGGAUUGACUUUGUGGCCCAUGAUGAUAUCCCAUACUCCUCAGCUGACAGUGAUGAUGUUUACAAGGACAUCAAAGAAGCAGGAAUGUUCGCACCGACCCAACGGACCGAGGGCAUUUCUACCUCUGACGUCAUCACACGCAUCGUACGAGAUUAUGACGUCUACGUCAGACGGAAUCUUCAGCGAGGCUACACCGCAAAAGAGCUUAACGUCAGCUUCAUCAAUGAAAAGAAGUACAACCUUCAGGAGCGUGUGGACAAGGUGAAGAAGAAGGUGAAGGACGUGGAGGAGAAGAGUAAAGAGUUUGUGCAGAAGGUGGAGGAGAAGAGCAUCGACCUGAUCCAGAAAUGGGAAGAGAAGUCCCGGGAGUUCAUCGGAAACUUCCUGCAGAUGUUUGGACCGGAGGGAGCAUUGAAGCACAUGCUGAAGGAGGGUAAAGGGCGAAUGCUUCAGGCCAUCAGUCCGCGGCAGAGCCCCAGCAGCAGUCCCACACGCGAGCGCUCCCCGUCUCCAACCUUCCGCCUGCCCUUCUUCACCAAAACCUCCCCGCCCUCCUCGCCCUUGUCCCAUCACGACAGUGCCCUGUCCGACUACACCCACGCCCCCCGCGGGCUUGCCAUCAGCGAAGAUGAGGAGGACGACGAAGAUUAGAGUGGCAUAGCGCACCACGCAUCUGUCUUCCAAUACUGGCAAUCCAACCUCAGAAACGAAGCAAUCCUCACACCAUCCAUCGGUUUCGCUCUCUGUAUUACUAACACACAUGAAGGGUUAAAACAGAGCGAUGUCUAGAGCAUUAGCGACGGAGUCUGUUCCAACUUGAUGGGGUUUUAAGGCAUUGUCAGCGAUGGGAUGCGAGUACUCAAACUCCAGCAUCUCUUCUUGAAUUUGGUAGGGCUUUGUCGUGUUUUAAAGGGAUACUCCACCCCAAAAUGGACAUUUUGUCAUGGAUCACUUACCCCCAUCUCGUAAAAUGCCCAUAAAAGCUUUGUUUCGUCUUCAGAACACAGUUUAAGAUUUUUUGGAUGCAAACCGGGAGGCUUGUGACUGUCCCAUAGACUGCUGAGUAAUUACACUGUCAAGGUCCAGAAAAGUAUGAAAAGCGUCAUCAUAAUAGUCCAUCUGCCGUCAGAGGUUCAACAGCUGAUUUAUAAUGUUACGGGUGAAUCACUGAUGGCAGAUGGACUACUCUGACAAUGUCUUUAAUACUUUUCUGGACCAUGACACUGUUAUUUAUUUGGCAGUCUAUGGGACAGUCACAAGCCUCCUGGCUUUCAUCCAAAAUAUCUUAAACUGUGUUCCGAAGACGAACUAAGCUUUUACAGGUUUGGAACGACAUGGGGGUAAGUGAUUAAUGACAAAAUGUCCAUUUUGGGAAGGAGUAACCCUUUAAAACGAGUGCACAUGGUAUUAAUGCGUUUCAUUUUUGUUUUAAGUUCAGUUUUAAUGUUCUUAUUAGGGGUGUAACGGUUCACAAAAUUCACGGUUCGGUUCGAUACGAUACACUGAUGUCACGGUUCGGUUCGGUUCGGUUCGAUACGUUUUAGAUACAGCAAAAUGUAAAAACAUCUCAACUUUUCAGAAUGCCGCAAGCGCACCGCGGGUCAUGUGACAAGAACCAACCAAUCAGCUUCAUCCUUUCCCGUAACAACGUUGAGAGCUCAGCCAAGAUGAAGGAUCAGCUGAUCAUAGUUGUAUAUGGAUUGCAAUUUUGAAAUAAAUUUAGUAGCAGAGCUACUGUAAGCGAUUUUUAGAGCUGCAAAUCCAUUUAUCCUUCGCUGAAAUUUCCGCGUCUCAUGGAGAGAGCACGUCAUUGUUGCUUAGCAAAGACAGACACCUCAUGAGCGCUUCUGCCCGAGCGCUUUGGAAAGGAGGAGAAAGACGCGCUUAGCGUUUUCCACGCGUUUUUAGGCACGAUAUGUGAACGGCCCCUAAGGCGCUCGCUCACUCAGCACGCGCUGAAGGCUCGUUGCAAAAUGUCGAAUGCAUUUAACAGACCAGAAAUAUAAGAUCCUAAAAUAACCAACAGGUCUGGUGUUUGGGUUGGAUUCCCUGUAAGCUAUAGUGUCUAAAUGCUGCAGGGAUAGUUUGCUGCGUGCAUGUUUCUCCUUUUUUUCGUCUUUUCCCAGAUAGUACUGGUGUUUUUUUUUUUUGUAUUCCCGCUGGUGUACCCUGUCAUGUUGCAGAUGCGACAUACCGUUGUUUUUUUAUCCACCACUCUCUUGCCAUCACCAUUAUAGCUUAAAGGGAAUCCAAAGUGCACCCAAACACCAGACCUGUUGGUUAUUGGAGGAUCUUCUCAUUUCUAGUCUGUUAAACGCAUUGGCUAUUUUGCAACGAGCCUUCAGCGCGUACUGAGUGAGCGAGCGCCUGCUGAGUAGCCUAACAUAAACAUAUAAGAUGGUGUUUUUUUCUUCUUCGGGAGUGUCAGGGGCGUUGCCUGUUACGUUGUUUGGGUUAUUGGGCUACCUUGUUGAACGCAUAUCAUUAUAUUUCUCUCUCUCUUUUUUUUUUUUUUUUCAAAUAUAAUUAAUUACUCCAACGAACCGUUCGGUAUACAUAAUGCGUACCGCGUACCGAACCGAAAGCGUCGUACCGAACGGUUCAAUACGAAUACGCGUAUCGUUACACCCCUAGUUCUUAUCGUAAUAUAUAUUUGUUAAGACAUGUGUCUCUUGGGAGCGAGAUUGAUGUCGCUGCAAGGUGAACUGUAAGAUAAAAGCUAAAAAAUUCAAAUGAUUUGUCUGUAUCACAAGGUGCAUAAUCAGUGUAGCCGUGGUGAUAAUUCUACGAAUGAAAAAAACGCGCCAAUAUUAUACAGGCAUGACGGAGUAGAAAAUGAUCGUUUGUCUGCAUGGAUUUGGUGUAUCACGCUUUAAUAAAUAUCAGAAUUCCAAAUUUGAACUCUGUAUUUCAAAAAUAUAUGCUUAAUAACCUAAAGAGUCUGUUUUAACUGUAAAAAUGAAAGUAUGCAAUUUCAUCACCGCACAAUGCCCUGUUUAUCUCUCACUGUGAUUGUGUUUUUUAAAAGAUCUCUUCAUGAAUAUCCUAAAACAUAGGUUGAAGGACUAGUUUCCCAAGUUCGGUUUAGAUCGUUGGACUCAAGCUUGAUAAUUACAUAAUAAGGUUCUGCGUAAUGAGUCUCGCACGUUUUGAAGUCUAACCAACGGAGCUGUUGAUAAUUAAGGAAUCAAACCACUUAAAAGGAAUAUUCUGGGUUAAACUCAGCAGUCGGUGUUCAGUGGAACAGAAGACUUCUAUACGGUGUAGUCGUUUUAAGAGCUAUACUGUUAAUCAGUUGAGGGACAAAUUGACGUACUGUGGUGAAUGACAGAAGCUUAACUCGUAUUUAACCCUUAACACAGAGCUUUGUCAUCAAUGUUAUGUACAUGUAUGGAUAUGCAGUGGUCAGACUUAGACAGUAUGUGUUUAAAUUGAGUUUGUACCACCAGUGAUUAUAAUAUCUAUGAUCUGUUGAGAGGCAGAGGCUCAACAAACUGCUGUCCAGACUUGCACUGAUGUCAGAAUUCAACAGUUGUUAUGCAAAUAGUUAAUGCUUAAUUUUUAUGGUACUGUCUGUAUUUCCAGCCUCUGACUUUUCCUUUGCACAAAUUAAGUGACUCUAGGGGAGACUAUUAUUUUAUUAACUUUGCCUUCCUUUAUUGUGUCAGCCUUUGAUUGUACAGGAUGACAAGGAAGACAAAUAAAUAGUGUCUAACGUACAAGAAAGGGUUUUGUAUUUUGUUCUACCAUCAUCAUCAGAAUAAAAGAAAAAAGGAUAAUUUUGACCCAUACAAUGUAUUGUUGGCUAUUGCUACAAAUAAACCUGAGUUACUUAUGA